UGAACAGAUAUUUUUUAAGGUGUAAAUAUAUAAUAUUCGAAGCUUUUCGAAUUGCUGUACGCACAUAUCGUCACACCCUGCGUAUCUUAGUUAAAUUGUGUUGUCAACUUCUCCUAUUUAAGUGUAUCUAGUAAAGCUAAACUGGGCUGAGCGGAACGUCUUUUAGACCUCCAUCGGUGACAAGGAAAUAUAAAUAUGUCGGUAAUUAGAGCCGCAUUCGAUGUGGGCUCCGGUUCAACAAAGCUAACUGUCGGCCAGAUUGAGCUGGCCACGGGUCAUCUUACGAAAGUGUUUUUCUCGGAAGAACGAGUGGUCGAAGUGGGCAAAAGCUUUCGACAUCACAAAGAGUUCAUAGCGCCUGAAAUGCUAGAGUUAUGCAGGAAUAAGCUGACUGAGUUCAAAAGCAUAGCGCUGUCACACGGUGCCACCCAGUGGGCAGGGGUGGCGACGGCCGUAUUCCGUGAGAAAUCCAAUGGCAAAUUCAUCGAGGACAUCAACUCGAAGCUGGGCCUAAACCUGCGGGUGGUAUCCCAGACUGCAGAAGCCGAACUUGGAUAUGCCACUGCUGUCGCGGUCAAAGCAGUGGAAGGAGUGGAUGCAAACGAGCAGUCUGAUAGGCACACCGUAGUAUGGGACUCUGGCGGUGCAUCCUUCCAAAUAGCAACCAAAACCGAUGAUGGUUUGUUGACCGCUGAAGGACAGUGGGGCUCUUCGUCAGCAACCCAUACCAUGGUGGCCCAGAUUCAAGGGAAGGACUUUACACAAACCGAGUCAGCCAACCCGGGGACUAUGGAGCACGUACACAAGCUGAUAUCGCACAUUCAGAGUCAUCUGCAACCUCCCCCGGCUUGGCUGAUCGAGAUGCAGAAGGAAGGAUUGGAUGUAGUGGCGAUUGGUGGUGACACCUCUAUGCACAAGCUCGUCAGUCUGGCUACACGGAAUCCUACGUUUACGCCAGAGACCAUCAUGGAGGCCUUAGAAAUGCUGGCUGAUAAAUCUGAUGAGGAGUUGUCGUACUUGCCACAGCCGGAUCAAGUACUGCCAAAGAUGUGUUUAGCGUAUGUGACAAUGAAGACUAUGAACAUAAAAGAAGCACGCCACUACCAAUGUACUGGGAACACCCUUGGGCUACUGAUCACUGAUAGUUUCUGGCCCAUUGCUGAAACGUGAAUAAAUGUAUACAAAAAGUAGUCGAUUUACGGUAUACACUACUUUGUAUACCUC